AUGGAGAAUGCUGUGGUGGUGUUUGCGAGGAGGGGUUGUUGUAUGGGACACGUGGCGAAACGGCUGCUACUGACACAUGGCGUGAAUCCAUUGGUAGUUGAGGUUGAUGAAGAAGAUCACAACAACGAAGACAAUAUCAUCAUAAGUGAAUUAGGCGAAACCGUGAUUAAUAAAGAGAAAUUGCCAGUCUUGUUCAUAGGAGGAAAAUUGUUUGGAGGACUGGAAAAUCUCAUGGCUGCUCAUAUUAAUGGUGAUUUAGUGCCUACUCUUAGACAAGCUGGGGCUUUAUGGCUUUGA